ACACCAACGAAGAAGAAGCGACAGGAAGCGCGUGUGUUUAUUGCUACGAAUCCCCUUAGUUGAGCUCAAAAGUUUGGCUAAACUUCAGUAUAAAAAAUAAGAGGGAGAAGACGACUGUUCGGCUCAGCGAAACAAUUGCAACAUAAAUAUAUCAUACGUAACCACGUAGGGCGGUGCCUACCGGUGCCUUCGAAUUCAACGUGGAACGUCUUUGCGGCAGAAUACGGACACCAUGUCUUCUCAAGUCCGACUCAGGCUGCUUCCCAGUGCCAGGUGUUUGUUUGACGAGGCCAUCCAGGUGAAGGUGGAUGGCCUGAGGUCCAGGCAGGUGGUCACCAUAAGGGCCAAGGCGACAGACGAGAGAGGAGUGGUCUUCCGAUCCUCGGCCAUCUACAGAGCGGACAUGAGCGGUGCUGUGGACUUGCAGAGGGACCCGACUCUCUGCGGGAGCUACGUGGGUGUGGAGCCCAUGGGCCUGCUGUGGUCCAUGAAGGCUGACACGCCACAUAAAUACUUCCACUGGAGCCUGGCACUGAAUCCUCACAUGGUCAAGUUCUCUGUGCAUGACGGCGUAGCAGAGGAAGAUGGGGAGGGCGGGGCUCUAGCAGAGGCAACCAAUGAGAGGUGUCUGAUUGCGGAAGGGGUCAGCCGGGUUGUCGUCCAACAGGAGACAUUUCGUGGUGUUUUGUUCACUCCUCCAGGCGAAGGUCCCUUCCCGGGUGUCCUGGAUUUAAGCACCUUCAUGUCUGAGAAGCGAGCCAGUCUGUUGGCCAACAAAGGCUUCGUGGUUCUGACCAUGGCGGUGUUUAACGAUAAACCUGCCAACAUCAAACACUUAAACUUGGAUUACUUUGAGGAAGGCGUCCAAUUCUUACAACAACAACCCAAAGUAGGCGGUAAAGGAAUUGGUGUGAUAUCGAGGUCCAAAGGAGGAGAUAUCGGUUUGUCGCUGUCGUCUUUUACCUCCAGCGUGGAGGCGGUGGUCUGGAUCAACGGCUGCAGUGCAAACAUUGGCUAUCCUCUCCACUACAAGAACCAACAAGUGCUGUCUGUCUUGGGGUCCAACGUGAGCAAGGUGAUGCCCACCCCAUCUGGCGCCAGCAUUGUCAAGUUUGGCGUGGAUGAUCCCAAAACCGAGGAAAACAAGGGCAGCGUGGUGCCCAUCGAAAAAUCCAAGGCAAAUUUUCUUUUCGUGGCCUCGGAGGAUGACCUCAACUGGGACAGCAAGGCCUUCAUGGAGGACAUGGUGCAGCGACUGAAGCACGAGGGGAAGAAGAACUUUGAGACCGUGUGCUACCCGAGAGCCGGACAUCAGCUGGAGCCGCCCUACGGCCCCUACUGCUAUUCCGGCCUACACGGGAUUCUCCGAGCACCCGUCUUGUGGGGGGGCGAGCCCAAAGCCCACAUUAAUGCAGAGGUCCACUUGUGGAAGAAGAUUGAAGACUUCUUCAGAACUCGUCUGACCUCUAAAUUAUAGACUCAUUAAGUCUGAUGGGAGAUCAGGGUUCAAUUCCACCCUCUUCCAUCUCUGUGUGGAGUUUGCAUGUUCUCCCCGUGCAUGUGUGGGUUUUCUCCUGGUACUCCGGUUUUUCCUCCCACAUUCCAAAAAAAUGCUAGGUUAAUUGGUGACUCCAAAUUGUCCAUAGGUAUGAAUGUGAGUGUGAAUGGUUGUUUGUCUAUAUGUGCCCUGUGAUUGGCUGGCGACCAGUCCAGGGUGUACCCCGCCUCUCGCCCGAAGACAGCUGGGAUAGGCUCCAGCACCCCCGUGACCCUUGUGAGGAAAAAGCGGUAGAAAAUGAAUGAAUGAAUAAGUCUAAUGGGAAGAACCUAAGGACAGUCAAGAAAAUCGUGAACCAAUUGUCAAGUAGGCGUGUCAUGUCAUAUACUAAAUUCAUGAGACAAGACGAUACACGAGAUUGGGUCUCCGAGCCAAGAAGAGAUUUUUAACAUUACCUUUAAGAAAAGUAAAAAAAAAUAAAAAAAUA